AUGAAAUGGUCGAGGGCAAUGUUUUUCGGUGAGUCAAAACUACAAGAUGGUGAGACUAGAAAUGCUAUAAGACACUUUAAAAGGRCCCUAGAGAUUGCACAAAAAAAUGGCUCUAAACAUGAAGAAGCCGUCACACUUCAACGACUUGGUUAUGUUCACCAUUCCAYGGAAAGAUAUCGCUACGCUGUUGAUUAUUAUGAGAAGGGACUGCAAAUAGUACAAGAUCUAGAGACUGGUGAUGACAAGAAACUAGAGUGUGAGAUGUGUUAUGGCAUUGGUGGUGCGUGUGAUAUAUUGGGAGAUUAUGAAAAGUCUAUGCARUAUUCAAAACAAGGCUUGGCUGUUGCAUUAAGAAUMGGUGACUCUAGACUCACUGCAAACUCCUAUGAAGGUCUUGGUCGUGCUUACCUAUCACUUAAUGGCUCUCAAAAUAGUAUUAAGUGCUAUAAAAAAGCUAUGGGAUUGUACGAAAAACUUAAUAAUGAAGAMAGUGUAGGGAUUUGUUAUGCAAACAUGUCAUUAUCAUAUCAGUUGCAAGGAAAGUACCAUGAUGCAAUUCGUCUGAGAGAGGAGAGUCUCGAGAUAAAUGAUAAAAUUGGAAGGAAAGAAAAUCAGGCAAAUGACUUGCUUAACAUGGGAACAAUAUACUCAAAGCUGAAUGAUAUUGAUAAGGCCGUCGAGAUGUAUCAGAAGAGUCUUACUAUUAGUAUAGAGGUCAACCACAAACGCCUGCAAGCAAAAUGUUAUAGUAGCCUGGGAAAUGUUUUGAUGAGUUAUGAUAAAUAUUCAGAAUGUAUCCCAUUAUAUCAAAAAUGCUUAAAAGUUGCUUUAGAUAUCGAUGAUAGACAAUUACAAGCUCAAGUCAGGUUAGASAUUGGUAAUUGCUUGCAGAAACUAAACCGAAAUGAAGAGGCAGACAGACACUACAACCAGAGUUUAACAAUUGCUAAAGAAAUAGAUUCCAAGAGGACUGAGGCAUUUAUUUAUCACUCUAUGGCUGUCAUCAARUUAAAAUCAAAUCAACUUCAACAAGCACUAAUUCUAUUUAAGGAAUGCCUUGGCAUUGCUAGCACUAUCGAAAAUAAAGAACUUGAGGGYGGAGCAUGCCAWGSUUUAGGUMAAGUAUACUAUUUAUUGCACAAAGAGAACCAAGGACAUCAAGCAUGUGAUGAUACUGAUGAYAAUAURGCUAAAUCAGAAGAAUACCUGAGAAAGGCAAUAGAUAGUUUUGACUUUUUCUUUCAACAUCUCCAUCARCGAGAUCAUUUAAAAGUCUCMAUUUUUGAUAAAUUCAAUAAGGCUUACAAGCUCCUCACCAUCGUGCUGAUCGACACUGAGCAACAACAAGARGCUCUGUUAGUAUCKGAURRUGGACGAGCWCGUGCUUUAGGAGAUCKCUURKUCUUCAAAUACGGUAUGAUUCAAAAAGAAAUGUCAYUACCUAAGCCACUAACCUAUCCUGAUGUGGAGRCGAUCUUCUUUAAAGAUGUCUUCUCGAUACUGCAUUACAGCUUACUAAGCAACAGUUUGGCUGUGUGGGUUUUAGCCAAAGACUCGCUGAUGUUCAGAGAAGCUGAAAUGGAACAAUUUGAUUCUGCCWUWGAAACAUUGACUGAAGRAAAGAAAGAUGUCGAUGAAAACUCCAUGAAUCGUUUCUUUACUGGAACUGUUUCAAGGGCAUAUGAAAUGAUGAAAAUCCAAGAAAGUGUCACUUGUGAAAACAGAUCACUUGAUGAUUGCGUUACAUCSAAAGAGCAASCCGAUAAAAAAGGCGCURAAUCAAUGUCACGUGACGACGGCGCAAGUACGGAAAACGUUGAUCAGUCGUCACAUCCACUUGAAACGUUGUAUAAUUGUUUAGUGGCCCCUGUUCUGACAGACGUGCAACACGACGAGAUUGUCAUAGUACCCGAUGGACCAAUGUAUAGAGUACCGUAUGCUGCCCUCAGGAAUCCCAAUACAGGACAGUAUCUGUCAGACAUCAAACGCAUUCGCCUUGCGCCAUCAAUAGCAAUAUUAAAGGUUCUAAAAGAAUGUCCUGUGGAUCAUCAUAACCAAAAAGGAGCAUUGAUUGUAGGAGAUCCCAGUGUUGGAGAAGUCAUGUUUAGAGGAAAGAAAAAAAUAUUGGAACGCCUACCUUCAGCGCACAGGGAAGUCAGUUUUCUUUCUAACAAACUGGGGCAAACAGCGCUGACUGGUGAGCAGGCUACCAAAGCUGUAGUGCUGGAGAAAUUACGAGAGGGAUCAGCUGUAAUUCACAUUGCUGCACACGGGAGCUCUGACAACGGUGAAAUAGCACUGGCACCAAAUGUCUCGCCAGAAAGACAAGGAACCCCAGAAGAAGAUGACUAUCUGUUGACGAUGGGUGAAGUCCAAAACAUCGGAAUCAAAGCUCAACUUGUUGUGCUAAGCUGUUGCCACAGUGGCUGUGGGAAGAUCAGGGCUGAGGGCAUGAUUGGACUAAGUCGUGCUUUCCUAGCGGCUGGAGCUCGCUCUGUCGUAGCGUCGUUGUGGGCAAUCGAUGACAGUGUAACUUUUAGUUUUAUGGUGAGUUUUUACAGUUGUCUCACUCGAGGUGAAAGUGCAAGUGUAAGUCUUCAUAAAGCCAUGCAUGAUAUUAGAAAAGAAGGCCACAGGGAUCCCAUGUACUGGGCUCCUUUCUUUUUGAUUGGUGAUGACGUCAUCCUGAAUUUGAAGUAA